AUGGCUCAUGUAAUAAAAAGAAUGUACAGUCAGAAAGUCUUUAUGUUGAUAAAGAUCAAUUUGGAGAAGGCCUAUGACAAAUUGAAUUGGAAUUUUGUUACUCAAUGUCUUCGGGAUUAUAAGUUUCCUGAUGAGUUAAUUAAUUUAAUUCAUCAUUGUAUUUCUACUUCUUCUUUCAAAAAUUUAUGGAAUGGCGACAAGCUUGGUAGCUUUGUCCCGUCUAGAGGUAUUCGACAAGGUGACCCCCUUUCUCCUUAUCAUUUUGUUAUUUGUAUGGAUUGUUUGUCGCAUAUUACCGUUGACCAUGUUGCAGAGACUACUAUAGAGAAAGCUUACUGCAUCACACAUUGCUUGGAUCGAUUCUGUCAAGCCUCAAGCCAAAAGAUCAAUGUUGAAAAUACUCAAAAAAAUUCUCAGAUAAUGCAGAUCUUCAGCUUCGACAUAAGACUAUGCAACAUACAGGGUCAGAGAAGCUCCAUAUUUGGGAAAGUAUCUUGGGGCAACCAGUACACAUGA